GCUCGCUGUGACAACGGUGACAGUCACCGGUCGCGGUGAUCCACCUCCAGCUGCCGACGUCCCCCGCGCGGUGGUCUCACGGUGAUAGAGAGCGACUCUAACCGCUACCCACCCACAGAGGGGUCCCGUCCGCCGGCUCGAAGCGUCCUCACCGCCCCUCGGAGCGCCCGCGGCUCUCGUCCUUUAACCGGCCAGCCUCAUCCAGCCCCGCUGUGGAUCUUUGGCCCCUCCGGCAGGGCAGAGGCAGAGCCACCGGGGACCGGACCAGCAGGGCUCCAUGAGUGCGACGGGGCAGCAGCAGCAAAGUGGGGGCCUGCGUUCUCGCCGAAGCCUUGGCCGCGACAAGGACCCCGGCCAGGGCGCGGUGGGCAUGGAGGCCGCCUGCUGGCUGGCCCCCGGAGUGCUGCGCAGGCUGAUCGAGCUGCCCUCGCCGCCCCUCUCCAGACACCAGCUCAAGAGACUGGAGGAGCACAGGUACUGCAGCGCUGGGCGCUCCCUGCUGGAGCCGCUGAUGCAGCGUUACUGGGAAUGGCUGGUGGGCCGAGUCCCGUCCUGGAUCGCCCCCAACCUCAUCACCAUCAUCGGCCUGGCCACCAACGUCAUCACCACCCUCGUGCUCAUUUAUUAUUGUCCCACCGCCACUGAACAGGCGCCUCUGUGGGCGUACCUGCUGUGUGCCGUGGGCCUGUUCAUCUACCAGUCACUGGACGCCAUCGACGGGAAGCAGGCCCGACGCACCAAUAGCAGCUCUCCGCUGGGCGAGCUGUUUGACCACGGCUGUGACUCCCUCUCCACGGUGUUUGUGGUGUUGGGAACCAGCAUCGCCGUCCAGAUGGGCACCAACCCAGACUGGAUGUUCUUCUGCUGCUUCGCCGGCAUGUUCAUGUUCUACUGCGCUCACUGGCAGACCUACGUGUCGGGGACGCUGCGCUUCGGCAUAUUUGAGAACCCAGAGCUGCAGAUGUGUCCGGCGGCGUUACAGCUGCUCACGGCCGCUGUGGGUCCUCGUCUGUGGAGCGCGACGAUUCCGAUCCUAAACAUCCAGAUGAAAAUGGUUCCUGCCAUCUGCACUUUCCUGGGAGCGAUCUUCUCCUGCACCAACUACUUCAGAGUGAUCUUCACGGGAGGAGUCGGCAAGAACGGGUCCACGACCGCCGGAACCAGCGUCCUCUCUCCAGUCUUGCAUAUUGGUUCGGUUAUAAUUUUGGCGAUGAUGAUCUACAAGAAGUCGGCGGUCCAGCUCUUCGAGAAACACCCGUGUCUCUACAUCCUGGCGUUUGGCUUCGUCUCCGCCAAAAUCACCAAUAAAUUAGUUGUUGCACAUAUGACAAAAAGUGAGAUGCAUCUCCACGACUUGGCCUUCCUGGGACCAGGCCUCCUGUUCCUGGAUCAGUAUUUCAAUAGUUUUAUUGACGAGUACCUAGUGCUGUGGAUCGCUUUGAUCAUUUCCUUCUUUGACUUGGUGCGUUACUGCGUCAGUGUUUGCAACCAGAUCGCCUGCCAUCUGCACAUUUUUGUUUUCAAAAUCAAGCCGUGUUCUACGCUCGGCGCGGCGCCCCACUGAGGACACGCCUCCUCCACUGAGGACACGCCUCCUCCACUGACUCUGUCCUUAGUCGCUCACGUUUCCUCCUCUCGUCCACGUAGAGAUUCAGAGGGGGAGGACGUGGUGUAGGAAAAAAAAUGGAAAAAAAAAAUCUAAGUAUGUGCUUCUGCCAACUGAAUGUGAGGACAAAUAAUAUAUAUUGAGAAACCCAGAGUAUUACCGUCUUUUGUUUGUUUCGCCGGUGCAGAAUUUGAAUUUGUACCGGCUUCAUUUUCUGUAAUAAGAAUAUUCUCGUGAACAAAACCUUCAGGAGGGUGCAGGUGCUACUCGGUACGCUUCGAGGAGACAGGAAAACUUCAAUGUGUUAAAAAAAUUAUCGGAAGUGAAUCGAACUCCUUUUUUUUGUUGCUUUUCAUAUUAUAAUUUUUGUAAUAUUUGCAUAACUUUAACCUUUUUGCUAUUGUAAAUACCAAACUGUUCCAGUUUCUGUGGGGUUUUUUUUCCUCUUCCAAGUAAAAAAACAAAAACAAAAAACACGUUUAUAAAUCUUCAUGCUUAUGAUUUGUAUAACUUUAUCUCCUGCACAUUACACAAAAAGAGCUGUCAAUGUUUUUGGAGGAAACUCAGUCGACCUCAGAACGUUGUUUUUGGGAAAAACUGUUUUUCAUUUGAUUGUCCACUGAACCACUGUUUUUGGGGGUGCGGGGGUGCUUUUCAACUUAUUGUGUGUUUUAUUGUCGAGUCUAAUGUUAUUUGCUAAUAUAUUCAUUAUGACAGUUUGGUUUAUGCGUCCGCUACACUUCAUUGUUGUUAUCGUUCCUCGUCGUGCACCAGAGGGAACAACACGGCAGACUUCUUCACGGCUGUUGGGUACGAAGGCCUCCAGUUCACGGUUUUCCACAUUUUGCAGUCGAUUUGAACGAAAUUCUACACGUUUAACAUUUUAUUUCUUCAGUCUCCAGCCGUCGCUCGGCUUACUGCCACGUCUGCACCUUGUAUUAUUAUUAUAUAAUUAUUAUUAUGUAGUUUUCUUAUUGUCAACAAAUCCUGUGAAAAGACAAACUGUCAAUGUGUCGGUUCUCUUAACACCUCCUGGCUUCUCUGCUGAGCUCAUCAGUGUCUCAUGAAGAUGUGUGUGUGUGUGUGUGUGUGUGUGUGUGUGUGUGAAUGAAGGAACUUUGUUUCACAGUCAUUGAUGUGUUUCGAUUAGUUUUUAGACGCUAAUGUGGCUCAGGGAGAUGUAUGGGGGUCAUCGGGUCAUUUUCAUGGUAUUUGUUGAUAUUAAGAAAGAAACAAAUAUCACCAGACUUGAAAAAUGUCCCUUUUUUUAUUUUUUAUGAACGACUUCCUGCCGCCGUGACUGUUAUUCAUGUGUGAAUGUCAACUUGUCCUUUAAUAACACAGCUUGGUGGACGUGUUUCUCCCCCCCAAAACAACACACACCACUGUUUUUUAAAGUGGUGACGGACGAGAAUCGGAUCAAUUUGCUUUUAAUCUUUUGUUUUGUUUUUGUCGUUGACAGUUAAUAAAAACCUGUUUUAUUUGAAAAGGCU